GGGCCGGAAGCCGGAAGGACGGACCCACUUGGCAGGGGUGUUCCGCUUUCUCGGGCCCCGCGGAGCCUGUCGGGCCGCAAGGUUCCCGCGCAGGGCGAUGACCGAGUACAAGCUGGUGGUGGUGGGAGCUGGUGGCGUUGGCAAAAGCGCCCUGACCAUUCAGCUCAUCCAGAACCACUUCGUGGACGAGUACGACCCGACCAUAGAGGAUUCAUAUCGGAAACAGGUAGUUAUUGAUGGUGAGACCUGUUUGCUAGACAUUCUGGAUACUGCAGGGCAGGAGGAGUACAGUGCUAUGCGAGACCAGUACAUGAGAACUGGUGAAGGCUUCCUCUGUGUCUUUGCCAUUAAUAACAGCAAAUCAUUUGCUGAUAUCAAUCUCUACAGAGAGCAGAUUAAGAGAGUGAAAGAUUCAGAUGAUGUGCCAAUGGUGCUAGUGGGAAACAAGUGCGAUUUGCCCACAAGGACAGUGGAUACAAAACAGGCUCAAGAACUAGCCAAGAGCUAUGGGAUCCCCUUCAUUGAGACGUCAGCCAAAACAAGACAGGGUGUCGAAGACGCCUUUUACACAUUGGUGAGAGAGAUCCGCCAAUACCGAAUGAAAAAGCUCAACAGCAGUGAAGAUGGGAAUCAAGGCUGCAUGGGAUUCUCAUGCAUUGUGAUGUGAUAAGCCACCAAGAACACCUGGUUCAGAUGUAGCUGGAGGACAAGUCUUGAUGCCACUGUAAAGCAUGUCAUGAUGAUGCCCUGCCAGUACCCUGGUGCCAGCCGAGCAGUAUAAAGUCCUUUUGUGCUCCAUCUGAAGAGAACAUCUCUGAACAGCUACCUCCUUGCUCGGCUACCUGAGCAGAGAAAGCCCCAUCUGUUGAUGCACUGGGAUUUUUCUUUUUUUCCCUGGGUAGGUUCAAACAGAAAACUGGUCACGAGAAAAGCGAACUUUAAACACCAAAUGCUGUGAAAAAGAUGACAACAUUUUUACCUCUAGAAUAGAUGCCAGAAGUGAUGUUUGUUUCCUUUGUAUCAGAUUAAGACAUGGGGAGGGAUAGCUCAGUGGUUUGAGCAUUGACCUGCUAAACCCAGGGUUGUGAGUUCAAUCCUUGAGGGGGCCACUUAGGGAUCUGGGGCAAAAAUCAGUACUUGGUCCUGCUAGUGAAGGCAGGGGGCUGGACUCAAUGACCUUUCAGGGUCCCUUCCAGCUCUGAGAGAUAGGUAUAUCUCCCUAUAUUAUAUUAUUAUUAAGACCUGCAGGGCUAUCUGAGAAAUGUCACUAAUCACUGACUGGCAGAUAAUGUCAGAAAUGGCAUUGCCACUGUUUCUUAAUACUCUGCUACCUGUUCCAGAUUGGUAUCUGCUCUCUGUGUGCACCACACAGCCUACUCACAGCACACCAUUGUCAUGCCAUUUACGCCGAUCCUCUAUCUUUCUGUAAUAAAAAGGAGAGAUCUUUGUUAAUUAAGUGCCUGUUUGCAAAGGAGCUUUAGAGCUUGUCAGACUGAAGGAAUUACCAAGGAUUCAGAUUCCCUUGAGAGCUGGUGCCCUUGUAAAUGAUCAUGUCUUUGAGAAAUGCACGUGGUCAGUUUAUUGGCGUGACUGGACUCUGCCUCUUCAUCUGGAGAAACUUCCCGGCUGGAAGCUCCAGUAGACGUGGGAGGAGUUCUCCAUGUCUAAGGAGCACAAGGAAAUGGAUCUGUUUUAGUGGGUAGACUCAUGUACAUUCCAUCUAGCUUUGUCACUGUGUCCACGGCUUCCUUCAUCUCCAGGUAGGACCAAACUAAUCAGCUGCUCUUGUUAAUGUUGGCUGGAAAUAUACGUGGUCAGCUACUUGACAGGUAACCACACCAGUGGAUUUUACUGGUUUGGGUGACUAUUAAUUGUUCAGAUUUGUCUAGAACUUGCAAUUCUAUUUUAAAAUUAUUUGCCUCAUCACCAGACUUCAAAUAAAGCCUCUGUCAAAUUAAUCUCUGGGAAGAGUAGCUGGGGGACAUUCUCAAUGGGAAAGGAGUCUUAGAUUUCCGACUGGCGUGCACAGCGUGUAGUGUUUGCUCCAGACUGCAGUGCAUGCAGUCCCUCCAAAAGCAGGGGCGAAGCUAGCAAUAAAAUAUAGCACAGAAAACUGAUCUGGCUUCUGAUUAUGUCUGACUUCAGAAUCAUCUGUGGCAGGGGUUGGCAGAAUGAGGAAGGAAAUUCAGUGAUCAGCAUAGAGAAGUUUUCUUGGUUUGCUGAUGGGAUUUUGGUGCUUGUUCUACCCCCAGCAGAGUAUGAGUGAAUCCUUGCACAAAUCAUGGAGAUUCUUCCUGGAGCAAGAUACCAUUUGCUAGUUGGCAUGAACUAGGCCUCAGAAGUAAGGGCACUCUUGUAAUACUCUCCCAGUUAUACAACACUGUGGUAUGUUGGGUCCUUCACUAGCCAACGUACCAUUGGAAUUGGACUCUGUGACCAGAUGAGCUAAAGUAGAAUAUUUCAAAACCAGUCGUCGUCAUCAUCGUGGUAAAUCCCAAAGGGACAUGGCCUCCUUGCAGAUCAAGUGCCUCCUGGAUCAAUCUCUGGAUAGGACCUUAAGGUGGUCUGCCUGGAUGUUCAGUUUAGGUCUGUCACUGUCAGUUUUAUCACACCAUUAAAGUUUUGGGCACCCACAUGAUCACUGGCCAUGUAGUAGCAUUCCUUAGUAAACGUGCUUCAGAAUUAAUUGUUUUUUCAUACGAAUAAUAUGUCCAUAUCAAGAAAGCUGCUGAAAAUAAACCAGUGCUGAAGGACUUGGUUGCUGGGUUCAGCUCCAGAUGUCUUUGUUUCUGAUCUUGUUCUGCUAUUUGAUACAGAACAGCCGAUGAAGACCAUGAGAAUUGAAAAUGUCAUGCCUAUGUUCUACAGCCUUCUUCAGCACCCAUGUUUCACUUCCGUACAACAGAGUUGAUAUAACUAUGGUUCUAUGGAUCCACAGCUUUGUAGCAAGCUUGACGUUAUGAUAUCCUCACAGCGGCCACUGAAGGGCCUGAAAUGUGGUGUCAUGUUCUGCUGUACAAGUGUCCACAUCUUUCAAGCAUCCUCCAGCACUGUGUGUGACGCUGCCCAAUUAUCUGACAGCUCCCAUCUUUUCAGUAUCUCAUCCAAACAAAUUAAUAGUAAACUGGUUGUAAUCUGGAGCUGGAGGUUGCUUGAUGGUAAUGGCCAGGGACCUAAUUUUAUCUGGAUUAAGUAACCAGACCAAUGCAUGCUACCAGAUCAGCCAUCAGCUGUAGAUGCACCAGACUGAGCCAACAAGACAAUGUCAUCACCGUAUUCAAGAUCUCAGAGCGCAAUGGUGUUCAGCUCAGCGUCACCAACAGCUGCCUCCUCAAGCUUAUCCAUCAACCAAUAGUGCCGAAACGAAACAACAAUCAUGACUGAACGCAGCCUUGCCAAACUCCUGUGGUGCUAGGAAACCAAGCUGUGUAUCUGCCAUAUGACUCAAAUGCAGCUUUCCUUUCCGUUAUAGAGCUCUUCUGCCAAUGACACUAUCUUCCUAGGGAUGCUAAGUCACUUCAUCAGAUCCCACACACUUGCUUGAGGCAUUGAAUCAAAGGCCUGACAGAAGCCUAUAAAAAGUGUUGUUCAGGGCUUAUUAAAGUCAGACACCUUCUCAAAAACCUGUCUCAAGGUAAAGAUCUGGUUGACAGUGGAAAAACUAGGUCUAAAGCUACAGGGAGUAUCCCUGCCUUUGCCAUGCAGUAUAUUGUUGAUUCCAAAGCAAAGUGUGGUUCCAGAUCCCAUCCAACCUAAUAGCUUGUUUGCUCUAGGAAGAGCAGUUGGUGUAUAACUGACAGAGGGAGCUCAGAGCCCUAACAUGGACCCCCACACGGCGGCUGGUGAGGGUUUUGUUUCAGCUUUCUGAUAGCAGGAUCAUAGAUUUUACUUUGAGAUUUCCUCCUCUAAUUAGAAAAUGUUGAGAGGUAAAGUUAGCCCUUUAAUGAUACUUCCAUAAUCAGCUAUAUGCCUGCUCCUCCUCCUCAAAUGCAGAGGGGAAUGCUACUCUAAUUACUGUAUACCCCCAAAUAAUCUUUAGUGACAUUAUAUACAAGUGUAGUUCCUAAAAUAACUUUGCUUUUGGCUGAUGUGAAACUGAUACCUUAUUUCAGAGUAAAAUCUCUGUACAUAAAACAUUAGCUUCCAAUAAUACACAUACAUGCGCAGGGAUGGGCAGCAUUAUGGAGAGUGCUGCUUGGGAUCUGCAUGUUGGAUUCUUGACUAGAGGUCCUUUUGUCUUGUGGUUUCUUGAUCCCAUUGUUUGAAGUCACAGGUCCCUCCUUACUGGGACAGGCCCAAGAAAACCCUUGGUAGUAAAACGUUGUGUACCGUCUUGUCUGUCAGUAACUGGAAACUUGUACAUUUUCUUAUGUGACAAGAUGUAGUUCUUGAUUUGCAAAAACACUCCUAACACCUUGUGCUGGUGGUUGGUUAUAUGCCCGGGGUCGGCAGGGGUACAUGAGAAUUGUGAGUCUGGCAUAAUGUGUUGUCUGCUUUCUCUAAGCAACCAUGAUUGUGUUCUGAGGUGGCCCUAUUGUGAGGACUUUGGGUUUUGUGUCUUGCAUCUGCUCAGGUUAUUGAAAGUAAGAGCCAACCUGGAAAGAUUGUGGCCUGGGGAUGCCCUGUGCAGGAGAGGCAGGUAUCUCUGGCCACUAAGAUUCUUUUAGUCAGAUCUGUGCAAAUUUUGUAGAUUACCUGGAAAUGUGAACUAUUUUCUUGUGCCAGACUGUGUGGGAAAAGGGACAACAAGUGCAGUGUUUAAGGGAUCUCUUUAGAAAGUGUGCUGUCAGAGCACACUCACAGGAAAGUAUUAAGAAAUCUUGUUUCUUUACAGCUGGUAUUUGAUGUUUAAAGGUCAAGAGUUCAACCAUAGGAUAUUUAAUCUUCAUAUUUGGCUGGGUCUGCAGCAUGUUAAGUAGCUGAAAGUGCAUCUGAGAAGCAUUCUCCAUGUUAAAACAGUGUAACACAUGCUAUUUGUU